AUGUUUGGAGGUACCGGUCAAUUCUCGUUUGGUAGUACGGCACCAUCAAAUCGUAUGUAUUGUAAAUUAAUAGAUUUUAGUUUACCUUUUUAUUUAUAUCUUACAGCUUUUGGUGCAACAUCCACAACUACAGCUCCAGCUCCGGCACAAACUGGAUUUCUAUUUGGUUCUUCAACUACACCAGCAGCUGGUACAACUGCUCCUUCUGCAUUAAAUUCAACAUUUACAUUUGGUAAUCCAACUGCAACAACACCAGCACCCGCUGCAUCACAACCACUUACAUUUGGUACUGGAUUACAAAGUUCAUCAACAAUUCGUCCAUUUGGUAGUACAACUGCAUUUGGUAGUACAACAACAGCAACAGCACCAACUACUGGAACAACAGGUUUUGGUGGAUCAUCUUUAUUUGGUGGAGCACAACCAACAACUCAACCAACAUCCAUAUUUGGUGCAACACAAUCAACAUUUGGUGCAGCUCAACCUGCACAACCAGCAAGUAUAUUUGGCUCAGGAUUAACAGGAACAACUCAAGUAGGUACAACAGUUAAAUUUGAAGCUGUAGCUGGACAAGAUACUAUGCGUACAAAGAAUAAUACAUUUCAAACAAUAAAUACUAAACUUCAAUGUAUAUGUGCAAUGAAAGAAUAUAUAAGUAAAUCCAUGGAAGAAUUACGUAUGGAAGAUUAUCAAUCGAAUCGAAAGUUUGCAGCAGCAACUUCGAUGUUUGGUGGAACAAGUUUUGCAUCAGCAACACCAUUUAGUCCAGGAGGAUUUGGUGGUACUACUACUACAGCAUUUUCUGCUGCACCAACUGCAUCAACAACAUCAAGUAUAUUUGGUAAUGCUGGUACAACAACAGCAAGUCCAUUUGCUGCACCAGCAACAUCAGCAACAUCAUUUUCAUUUGGUACAAGUACAGCACCAACAACAAGUAUUUUUGGAACACCUGCAGCUACAACAGCUAGUCCAUUUGGUACAGCAACUUCAACAGCACCAGCAACAACAUCAAUAUUUGGUGCAACACAACCAUCAACAAGUAUUUUUGGUUCAACAACAACAGGAAGUCCAUUUGGUGCUAAACCAGCUACAACUCAACCAGCAUUUGGUUUUGGAACAGCAACAAGUACAUCAACACCAUUCUCUUUUGGAUCUCAACCAGCUGCAAGUACAAGUAUAUUUUCUCAGCCAACAACGACCACACCUUUUGGUACUACAGCUCCAACUACGACAACAAAUAUAUUCGGUGUGCCAACUUCGACAGCAACAGCAGCUCCAGCACUUGGAAAUCCAUUUGGUGCUCAACCAACUACAACUAAUAUAUUUGGUACAACUACAAGUACAGCUGCACCCGUUUUUGGUGCUGCAACAAGUACACCAGCAUUUACAGGUUUUGGUUCUAUGGCACCAACAUCGACAACAAACAGUAUUUUUGGUACUCCAGCUGCAACAACAGCAACAGCAAAUCCAAUUUUUGGUGGUUUUGGCGCACAACCAGCUGCAUCAAAUGCAACACCAUUUUCGUUUUCA